AUGGCGACCGCCGAGUACCAUUUUCCAUCGCUGGACUUGAGGGUGCCUAAGCGAAGGCGAACGGAGCGUCGCCGCUCCUCGCCUCCGUCGGAUUCUGGGCUCACCGAAGACGAGAAGGAGUGUAUCCUUGCGCUCCUGGCCUUAUCAAGGGUUUCGGUCAUUCACGACGACGAGGAGAUGACACCGGCGGAGGAAGCGAGGUCCUCGCUUUUGCGGCCCGAGGAGGAGGAGCAGCGCCAGUCGCUUCCGUUGCCAUCGUCGUCUCCAACGAAACAGCAGCAAGAGGUGCCUCUGACUUCAUCUCUGUCGCUGUGGCAGCAGGACAAGCCGCUUCCGCUACCUCCUCUGGCGGAGAGAGAAUUAUCUCCUCUUCCGCCGCAACAAAACCAACUGCUUCUGCUACCUCCUCCGGCGGAGGGAACAUUAUCUCCUCUUCCGCCUCCGCCAGAGCAAGCUCUGUCUCUGGUUUUGUGCCCGAUGCAGAUACGAUGUUAUCGACUUCCUCUGCCUCCUCCGCAGCCGCCGAUCCAACGACCGACUCCUUUUGUAUAUAUGGCACCGACACAACAGAACCAGUUGCGGUAUGUAUGCUCCGAGUGCGGCAAAGCAUUCUCUUCGUACCAGGCCUUGGGAGGCCACAAAACCAAACACCGGAAGCGCCCUACCGAAAACAGAGCCGCCUCGUCGGUCGUCACCGGACCAACAGAUCAGAGCAAGCCUCACACUUGCUCUUUGUGCCACAAGUCGUUCGAGACGGGUCAAGCGCUGGGCGGGCACAUGAGAGCCCACUACGAGCGCAAUAAUCGGCAAGCCACCGCCGAGAGCAGACCGGUGGCAGCAGCGCCGCCAUCUUCACUGACGGAGUGCUCGACCACGAAGGGUCUGGGAAUCGACCUCAACCAGCCGCCGAAGCCGGAUGCGGAUUGGGCCACGGAAGAAGAAGCGGCGAGCUCUAUGCCGGCGGCGGCAGCCGCGUCCCAACCUCCUCGCUUCUUUAAUUUCUUAUUUUAA